CACACACACUGGAGCACACACUGCAGCCGCAGCCGGACCGAGCACAGCAGAACCGGACUGGACUGAUGAGCGGGGCAACAUGGCCGCCAUGUGUUUCUGAGCGAACUGUGUCCAACCGAGGAAUCUGAAGCAUCUAAGACCGAGGAACCUCCUGCAGAGGAACAACCAGACUCCACUGAGACGAGUGUCUGAAGCGUCCCGUCCUCCAGCAUUUCGAUGCAUUUCGAAUCUGCAGGUCAGAAGCUGUAGCGGUCUGGAGUUUGACCUCUCUGCUGUAAAGGAGCUACAGCAGACGCUAGCUAACUCCACAGGUGAGACGCUCCUACAGGUAGAAGGAAGGGGAAACCAGAUGUGAAGCAGAGAAAAGGCUCAAAGCCGCUGGAGGUCGAUUGACCUGCUGACAAAGAUCUCUGCAUAAAAAAAGAAGUGAUAAAAAUAACGGCGAGCAGAGUGAAGCAGCAGAAGGUGAUGUGUGAAUCCUCUGAGCCCCUCCUGCUGUGUGUGUAGGUUUCUGACRACGCUAUCAUGCAGACCGUGAAGUGUGUCGUCGUUGGCGACGGCGCCGUGGGGAAGACCUGCCUGCUCAUCUCCUACACCACCGGAGCGUUCCCCAAAGAGUACAUCCCCACCGUGUUCGACAACUACAGCAGCCAGGUGACGGUGGACGGACGGGUCAUCAGUCUGAACCUGUGGGACACGGCGGGGCAGGAGGAGUACGACCGGCUGAGGACGCUGUCYUACCCGCAGACCAACGUCUUCGUCAUCUGCUUCUCUAUCUCAAGCCCUGCCUCCUACGAGAACGUCAAGCACAAGUGGCACCCAGAGGUUUUCCACCAUUGUCCCAGCGUUCCSAUCCUGCUGGUCGGCACAAAGAGCGACCUCCGGAAYGACACAGAGAUCCAGAAGAAGCUGAAGGAGCAGAACCAGGYGCCCAUCACCCACCAGCAGGGCCUGAACCUGGCCAAGCAGAUCCAGGCAGUCCGCUACUUGGAGUGCUCGGCGCUGAACCAGGACGGCAUCAAGGAGGUGUUCGCCGAGGCGGUGAGGUCCUACCUGAACCCGCAGCCCACCGUCAGCAAGAGGCACUGCGUCCUGCUCUGAGAGUCUGCUCUGAGAAAUGUUUCAACCUUUUUCCUCUCAUUUCAUUAGAUUUUUACCCUUUAAUUAGACAAAAACGCAAUUUAAGACAGAGAUUAAAGGUUUUCCAGAACUUGUGAUGCAAAUUGACUGGCUGUGGGUUGAAUGUGUAGCUCUGCUGUGAUUGGUUCAGACUCAACCAGAGCCGUCUGAGCAUGUGCAGGAUGUCUGAGGUCUUCUACAAACUCAAAUUUCAGCAAAAUGGUCCAAAAUCUUCCCGACAAUCAGCUUCAGGUUCAGAUGGACCUGAAGACAUCUUAGUUCUGCUGAGGCAUUCAUGAACCAGUAACGCACCAGUAAAACCAGUGGCUCUGGUGGAGUCCGGCUCCAGGAACAGGUUUGGUGACUAAACUGAGAAUUUAACUGCAGAAACACUGUUUACAUGAUGAUGGCUCUGAUGAAAAUGCAAUAAUCUAACCCUGUUUGCUCUGUGUCACUCACACCGAGACCCUUACAAACGCUGGGAAACAUUUAGUUUAAUCAGACUGUAAACAACAACAAGAUGCGUUUCUGCUUCAGCUGCCGAUUCUGGAGGGAAAUUAAUAAAUAGCAAAAACAAAUCUGGACUAAAAACAGCAAUUUAAACAUAAUACAAAAAUAAUAAACCUGAUUUUUCCAAUGAGCCACCCGAGAGCAGGAAUGCAGCAACUGCAACAUUUUAAACAUCUGAAGCCAAAAGGUUAGCGAAGAAGCUAAAUGCUAACUAGCAUCUAAACCACAAUCAGGAUAACCAGUUGUAGUUAUUAAACAGAACCUGCUAACACAAGUUCUGUUAAAUAUCCAAACUAUUUAAAUGAAAACAUCUGAUUUCAAACUAAAUGUUUCUGCAGGUUUUUUUUUUUAGCUAAGCUGCUAAACCAGCUAAACCACUUUAGCUUCGUUUGCUUCCAUCUUCUGUUAAAUUUAUUGAUAAUUUGUUUUUAUUGAAGUAAUUUACAUUAUUUUAUUUAAGUGGAAAGUACAAUAAAAACARGUUUCAUAUUGAUCGUCUCCUGCUCUUUAUUUCAAUGAUUUCUUCCUAGCGAACAGCUAACACAGUUAGCCCUUAGCUAGCCUCUUCUAGAAAGAAGAUGGCAGCAGGACUGUGGUCAGUAAAGCUSAAGGAUCAGACUUAUGGGACAGUAUCCCUGAGAGAGGACAUGUUGGACCAUGAUAGAAAUAAGCAGCACCAACAGCUGUAAAGCACGGUGAUGGUGGGGUGGUGAUGUGGGUUCUGGGUUUGGUCGCUGCAGAGGAAGUGAUUCAACACCAGAUAGAAGAUAAUGAAGCCGUUUCCUGUCACAUGGUGCAGCCCCAUCAGGUUCUGGGUUGGUUCAGGAAGCAUAAGAACCAAUCCAGCCUGUGAACCAAGAACCGGGCUGUCCAAUCAGACCGGACUCUGGUUCCUCUUUUAUGAUUAUAAAAAGCUGCAGCUGCUUCCGCAAAACCGUGAUCUAAAGUUAGACAUCAUUUUUCAGAAGAAACAGCUGCUUUACGGUAACAAGAAACUUCAUUACCAUUCAGACGCUUCCCGAAAAGCAGCUGAGGCUUCACUGAGAGCUGACCUGAGAACAGCCUCUGAUUGGCUGCUGGGGGGAGGUGACCAGAGAUCAGCCUCUGAUUGGCUGCUGGKGGGAGGAUCAAUAAUUAACCUGUGGAGAAACGACUUCCCCAAAACAAUGAAAGGACUCCUUCAUGGUUUCAUCAAAUCAUACAGGCCCCUUGUGAUUAGUUCCUGGAGCUGGGGGUCAAAGGUUGCCUCCAGUCAUAGCAUCCAGUUAACAGGAUGGUCUCCAUGGAAACCAGAGCUGCAUAUGGCAGUGCCUGUGAAGUUUUAUCGGCUGGGAUGUGAUUGGAUGAGGGCCUGGUGACAUCACUCAGGUGAACCAAACCUGUUGUGUCUCAGUUAAAUGUUGUCAGGGAGGGACAGCUGUCUCUGUUUGAUGCAGCGGCGCCCCCUGCAGACCUGUGGACAGAAAGAGUGAGGCGGCUCGGCUUCGUUAAAACUUUAUUUCAGUGAAUCCUGAGAAUCCAGGAAAUGUCUAAAAUGUUUGUUUCUUGAUGAAAAGUUUAGAGAAUCUGAAAACUUCAUCUGUAGCUCUGUGCUGUGUCCAGACAUSAUAGUAGAAAAUUAGGUGGAAGGAAAAUCUUUGGUGCAACCUUCAUGAUCCAGAA